AAGGCGGGUGUUCGUAGUUUUAAAGCACAUGAAGAAGCCGUGGGAGACUUACGGGUUUGUCGCAUCCUCUUUGCAUCGUUUACUAAUUGUGAAACUGGGAGAACCGUGAGGAGAGAGCAAACUGACGUUCAGACUGACUGCGCACUGUAAACACCGUGACCGUAAACAUGGCCUCCUCGGAGCUCGCACUUUUGAGUGUGUCUGACAAAACUGGACUGCUGCACUUUGCUAAAAGGCUUGUGGAUGUGGGGCUGUCUCUGGUCGCCUCAGGAGGUACAGCCAAAGCCCUGCGGGAUGCCGGGCUGGCCGUCAGGGAUGUGUCUGAGCUGACUGGACAUCCAGAGAUGCUGGGUGGCAGAGUGAAGACCCUGCAUCCUGCUGUGCAUGGAGGGAUCUUGGCCAGAAAAACACCCACUGACGCAGCUGACAUGGAGAAACUGGGCUACAGCCUGGUCAGAGUGGUGGUGUGCAACCUCUACCCGUUUGUAAAGACAGUCUCCAACCCAGAUGUCACAGUGGAGGGUGCUGUAGAGCAGAUCGACAUCGGUGGUGUAACUCUGCUCAGAGCAGCAGCCAAGAACCACGCUCGGGUCACCAUUGUGUGCGAUCCUGCUGACUAUUCGCUGGUUGCCAAGGAGAUGGAGAAUUCAGCGGACAAAGACACGACCCUGGAAACGCGAAGGACUCUGGCCCUCAAAGCCUUCACGCACACAGCACAGUAUGAUGAGGCUAUAUCGGACUACUUUCGUGGACAGUAUGGCCGCGGCGUGUCCCAGCUGCCUCUGCGUUAUGGCAUGAACCCCCACCAAGCACCCGCCCAAAUCUACACCCUGCGCCCAGCUCUGCCGCUCAGAGUGGUCAACGGGUCUCCCGGGUUUAUCAACCUGUGUGAUGCUCUGAAUGCUUGGCAGCUGGUCAGAGAGCUAAAAAGCGCCCUCGGCAUGGCUGCAGCAACUUCCUUCAAACACGUCAGCCCUGCAGGAGCCGCAGUAGGAGUUCCUCUGACCGAAGAGGAGGCCAAAGUGUGCAUGGUGCACGACAUGCUGAAGGAUCUCACUCCUCUGGCCACCGCCUACGCAAGGGCAAGAGGUUCAGACAGGAUGUCUUCUUUUGGAGAUUUCAUUGCUCUGUCAGAUGUGUGUGACUUUCCCACUGCUAAGAUCAUAUCACGAGAGGUCUCAGAUGGUAUCAUUGCUCCUGGUUAUGAUGAGGAGGCGCUCAAAAUCCUUUCCAAAAAGAAGAAUGGAAACUACUGUGUGCUUCAGAUGGAUCCCGACUACGAACCUGAUGACUCUGAGGUGAGAGUAUUGUUUGGUCUCUACCUCAAACAAAAGAGGAACGGAGCACGUAUUGAUAAGGAAUUCUUCAGCAAUGUUGUUUCCAAAGGCUCGCUCUCUGAGGAAGCUGUGCGUGACCUCACCGUGGCCACCAUCGCUGUCAAGUACACUCAGUCUAACUCUGUCUGCUAUGCUAAAGACGGGCAGGUUAUUGGUAUUGGUGCAGGGCAGCAGUCUCGUAUCCACUGCACUCGGCUGGCGGGUGACAAAGCUGAUAACUGGUGGCUCAGGCACCACCCUCGUGUCCUAAACAUGAAGUUUCGCAGUGGCCUGAAAAGAGCAGAGAUGGCCAACGCAGUCGACCAGUAUGUGAGCGACACCAUCGGAGAGGGCCCAGACUUGGAAGUUUGGAAGUCGAUGUAUGAAGAGGUCCCUGAGCGUCUGUCAGAGGCUGAAAAGAAGAACUGGAUCAGCUCCCUGCAGGCCGUGGCUGUCAGCUCUGACGCCUUCUUCCCCUUCAGAGAUAACAUAGAUCGGGCCAAAAGGAGCGGGGUCCAGUACAUCGCAGCUCCGGCGGGCUCUGCUGCUGAUGAGGUUGUGAUCAAUGCCUGUAAUGAGCAAGGCAUUACUCUAGUGCACACCAACCUGCGACUCUUCCACCACUGAGUAAACUAAGUUUUCAGUUUGUUCACAGUUUUGUAUCUUUACAAAAGCAAAAAUGUUUCUAACAUUGCUGAUCCUCAAACAUUCCUACCCUCAUCAUGCUGAACUGUAGACAGACGCACAAUUUUGUAACACUAAAUACAUUCCUGACUUGUGAUCGUGAUGUUCAAGAGCGUGAUACUGUAACUGUCAAUGUUCCUUUUAGGUCAGUCUCGAAACACUGUGAAAUAAACUGUUAGUUUGUCUGUC